ACAUGUAAUACAGCAACUGAACGACGAAGAGAUAUGACAGUAAAAAGAGGUUUUAACCAGUUAAAACGCCAGAAAUAACUAAGUAACACCAUUUUGUUCAUUGUCUAGUUCACUAUGUACGAGCAUGCUUUUGGGGGUAAACCUCGAAAAGACUCGAGCCUUGGAAACAGGAGACAGUAAUUAAGGGUUUCGCUGCAACUUGUGAUGACACGCCUGCCUCUUUCGCUAAUGAUAAACUUUGCACAGUGACGUUCGUCAUUUCAAUGCGAUGCCAUUUGAUAUAGAAAGGGUCUCGAUACGUAAGUAUCGGCGAUCGGAUCAUGGAGAUGUACUUUCUUUAUUUAAAAAGGGGAAAAUGGACAACAUUUCCGAUGCCAUAAAGUUUUCGCUGAGCUGUAGAAGUGUGCUCCUAAUGUUGCUUUAUGGGGAAAUAUUGACGUACUCCAUAUAUGGAUCUGUAUCAUCAGCAGCGCUUUUAUGUAUUCUCCUUGUUGCUAUAAUCAUAGCUUCUGCGGUGCAUUUUGAAAAUGGGCACAUCAACUGGAGUACGGGACCAAAUGGGGAUUUGAAUAAUAUCCUUGGGGUAUACUUUCAGCACGGUGGCACCCUUCUUGUUGCUGAAUACAAAGAAUCUGUGAUCGGAAUGUGUGGAUUAACUCAACAACUUGACCAUGGGGCAAAAACAGACAUUAUACCAGGCACAAUGGAGAUCAGAAAAUUAAACGUUCUUGGGGCUUAUAGGCAAAAAGGCGUAGCCACUAAGCUUUUGCACGCCAUCUUUCGCCACGCAAAUACCAUAAGCUGCAAACAACUCGUUAUUGGCGUGCACGAGUAUCCCAAGAUAGUCGAGUUCUGGAAGAAGCUUGGAUUCAAAAGAUACCAAGGAUUUCCAAUGCCUUUUGAAUGGACAUGGUUUUGUCCAGUUACGUUUGCAGAGUAUAGUCUGUACCAAGGGGUAGAUCACUUUGUACUGAAGAGAUGAUAUUUUUGCCUUAUAUUGUUUGAGAUAUAAGUAAUCACGUCAUUUAACUAGUUUCAAUGUAACUCUUAAUGUACAAACAUUAUGGACAUCUUUACAAUUCCGAAUUCUUAAAAAACACAAUGGACAUACUCCGACAAUUUUUCAUUUUUAUCACAUUUGCUUUUUAAAUAUCCGUCUAGAUCGAGUACAGAAGUCAUGGACUAGUAAUGUGUAAUUAUUUAACAACACGUACAUGUACAUCUUCACAGCACUGAGUUCUUAAGAACACAAACGACAUCUUUUUAAGGGGGCUUAUUACCAUCAAAAAGACCAUUGUUUUAUAGUUAUUAUUC